GCACCGCAUUAAUAGCAGUCCUAUAUCAGUUAUAUAGCCAGGCGCAUGCUCGGAUAUAAAAUCAGAAAGGAUUCAAAUCUGCACUUGUACCAUCUCACUUCACCCAGAAUUGUUUGUGGAUCUGAACAUUUAAGAAAUGACAAUGAAGGUUUUAUGCAGCAUAUACGUAGCGGCUCUGUUCAUUAGUUGUGCAAUGUGCCAGAGACCGAGGGGUGGACCGGGACCGAGCUCGAGGGGCUCCUCAUCCUCUGGAAUGUCAGAAAAUAUGAUGAAUAUGUUGUUGAUGAAAUCAUUGAUGGGACCAGGAGGUGGGAUGAUGGGUGGAAAUAAUCUGAUGACAUUAAUGAUGCUAGGAGGAGGAGAAAUGAUGCCGAUGGACGAUAUGCUAUCAAUGAUGAUGAUGAGAAGAAUGUUUUCAGGCGGUAUGGGAGGCGGUAUGGGAAGUGGUAUGGCGUCACCAGGCGCUUCAACCAACGCCCAAGGAUAAAUCCAUGUGCUUACGCUUCUAUAUAACGCCUUUCACACCCCAAUAUUGUUAUUAUAUAACAUGACUUUGAACACACUCACUGCUUGUUUGUUUGAGAUUUUAUAUUAAAAAAAGGAAAACUGAA